GUCCAAACUUCCCAAGCAGCUCGAUAAAUCGGGGUUCAUUGUUGGUUGUCGCAAAGGUGAGGCGCGACCUCUCUCUCACCUUUCCCUCACUUUCCCAUUCCGCCUCACCUCGUCAGUCGCUCCUUUCUUGACGCCCCUUUUCGGAUUUCUUCGCCGUUCAAAGACUGCAGGUACCCAUACCAUCACCACCGCACUGCUCCAACUUUCCACCUUCGAACACCACGUCACCCCAUCAGCCUCCUUCGUCGAGCUCGCAGCUUCACCAAGCUGGCAACAGCUCCCACGAUGCCGCGUAAGUCUCUUUAUAUUAACUUCUGCUUCGAUUCUGCCACGUUGGAUAUGCGCGACGAGACCGUUGGUCAACGCAACCCGCCGACAAUCGAACGACCACCACUCAGAAACCACCCUCUUUCGUACGACCCUUCUGGCUGGCGAUCCAAAGUGCGAGAGAACACGCGCGUUUGAGGCAAUGGUGUCAUAGAGGUGGGCAUGCGACGACGAGCUGGCGCAGACAACAUCCCACUUGGCCCCGGUGAUGGCAGGAAUACUCGACGUGACCAAUACGAAGAACCGGCCCCUACGAAACAAAAUCUACAAGCCCAGACGGCCGAGUUAUCGCAGCUGGAGGACACUGCCAUCGCCGUCGAUGCUUCGUACUACAUCCAGCUCUUCCUCGACAACCCCCCUUACCAUGAGCCGCUGCUCCCCGCGCUCGGCGGCUUGACGGGUAUCGAGUCUCACAUCGAGAGCGAUCUCGACAGCUGGCAAGCCAACAAGACGACCCCCUUCUUCAUAUUCAACGGCCAAUCCGUCGUCGGCCAGGAUGAUGUUUCGAUCCAGCGAGGCAAGCGGGCUAUCGUCAAGACGGACGAAGCUUGGGAUCUCUAUUUUCGAAGUGAGGCCACUGCCGCCGUGACAGCUUUCGGCUCCAACCGAGGAGCCUACCCCGUCCAGCACCUCUUCCCACUGCUCCAACGCAUCUUGAAGAAGCGAAAUCUGCACUAUCUGGUGCCACCGUACAAUGCUUCCGCUCAGCUGGCAUAUUUCGAUAUGGUCGACUCGGAACAAUGUUCGGCAAUCAUGGGAGGGCAAGAGCUGCUCUUGUAUCCCAUCAGAGAUCAUGUCAUCAGAUUCAUUGAUUGGGACACCGGAGUAUUUAGGGCCAUCUCCAAGAAGGGUCUCAUCCGAACUCUCAACGUUAGCGAACCCAUGUUCAUCGACGCGUUGCUGAUGACGGGCAAUUCUUUCCUGCCUUCGUUCCCACCGUUGCAAGACACGACGAUUAAUCCUCGUCAGCCCUUCACGGUUAUGGAUGCCGUCAACAUGUUGCGCACCAGCGAGAAGGCGGUUGCCACUGCCUGUAACUCUUUCAGCGACAUUCUGCAACAGAAGGACCCAAACUGGCUGCAGAAGUAUCGCAAGGCUCGCAUGACAAUCGAUCACUUUAUCUACAUCAGCGAGACCGGUGAGAUCAAAGUUCACAACUUUGAUACACUGACCCAUGAUAACUAUGAAUAUCUUGGUUACCAACUGCCUGCAGAGCUAUUCCACUAUCUGAAUUCGGGCCUGAUCGGACCUCGUACACCUGCCUGGAUAACUCACGGACAGAUUGUGGUCGGCCCUACCUUGGAUGGUGUCAAUUCGGACGAGUACAAGAAGCUGGUCACAACCCAGCUGAUGCCUCUCAGAGAGCAGGCCUUGGCACUUCUGCUUCCGCGUUUACACAGAGCAAUCCAGUUUAAGCCAGUCCACGUCAAGGUGUGGUACGACGACAAGUAUUUGCACACGAUCGAGUACCGCGCUGGAGGAAACAGGGCUCCCGAGCAAGCGCACACGUGGGACGUCAAAGAGAGCACCAUCAACCAAUACUUCCCCGAUGCAAAGCACGGCUCUGUCGUCUUUGAGGUUACCGCUUUGAAGAACGUCGACUUCGCAAAAGCCACAAUAUCCAAAGAAAAGAUCAAGGGCGUCGACUCGGCGGACUUGAUCUCCUCUGUGACAAUCUGGCGCUUCCUCCACCUGCGAGGCUACGUCGAUGAUAGCCAUCGCUUGACUGUUUGGGGAGAAGCUCUUGCAACAUCACUGGAGGAGAUCGAACCCGUGGCGCGCGCCAACCCUGACUCCAGCCCAGCUGAGUCUGUGCUUCUCGCAUACGAGCUUCUUCGGUUCGACUUGUUGCACACCCGUAACCAGCAUCCGGAACUCAGUGGUCUCCCUAUGAACGGUAGCGACGAGGACAAGGCGAGCUUAUUGUUGAUCAGUCGCUGUGCUAUCCUGCUGAAGCUCCACCAUGAAGCCAACGGAUACACAGGUCCACUGAGCAAAAACUUCCUGUGCUUCCGGUCCCUGAGCUCGUCUAUACGAGAAGCCAACCGCGAUCUGAUCGAGGCGCUGGUGGCUUCAAUGCUACUCCAUGCCCAAGGGAAGAAGGAGCGGGAGGAUUACUCGGAUAUUGGUCAAAGACUUCCUUUCCUCGCGGAUACGGAUGUUGCCCUCGGCAUUGCAGUUAAAACACUCCUGGACGAUAUCCACCCCACAGACACGCCGGAGCAGAAGCAGACCAAGCGCGCCGAGUUCCCUGGUAAAUACGUACCAUACGCGACCAGCUUUUUCAAGGAUCUCAAUGUCGCAUUUGACUUCUUCGGUGCCUUGCACGCUGGAGUGAAGCAGCUAGGUGAUGAGCAGGUCCCAGCUGCGGAUCGUAAGGUCUGGGACCGAGCCGCGGAGUACUUGAAGGCUCGGCAAUAA